GGGGACGGCGGUGGCGCGGUGCUGCACCUCGGGCAGCGGCUGCGGCGCGCGGGGCCCGCCAUCUUCUGCGAGGUCUGCGACGCAUGGAUGCAGACCCGAGCGGCGAGGGGGCUGCAGAAGGCGUGCUGCGGGCCGCCCACCGGCAAGGGACACCACCAGCGCACCUACGUCAGCAACCUGGCGGCCAGGAGGGACAGGCUGCUGCGUGAUCUGGACCCCAAGACGGGCAGGUCAUGGGCUACGGGUACGCUGGUGCACGACGAGCGCAGUUCGGUCGACGACAGCUCCGAGGAGGGCACCGAGACAGUCGUGGCCCAUGGCUAUGUGGAGGCCCCGCUGGCGGACGUGCAGGGGACCGCGACACGCGGGUCUCCCGCAGCGCCGUGUGGCGGGCGCACGGAUGAGGCCCAGAAGGCGGGUGCGCAGGAGACCGCGACACGCGGGGCUCCCGCAGAGCUGCGAGGCGGGCGCACGAAGGAGGCCCCGCUGGCGGACGUGCAGGGGACCGCGACACGCGGGGCUCCUGUACCGCCGAGAGGCGGGCGCACGGAGGCCACCCGCCUGCUUGCGGAGGAACGGUUGGAGGUGCUGCGGCGGCGCGUUGCGACUCGCGAGGCUGGCCUGGCGGGCGUUGCCGUUGCUGGGGCUGGCAGCGCUCCCACGGCGCAGGGCGUGGAGGCGUUGACCGACACGGGGUGCGCUGUUGGUGACCGCGCCGACUCAUGGGCAGUGCGGAGGCAGGCACUGCUGCGGCGGCUCCAGGCGCAGGCCGAGCGGCUCUGUGGCGGCGCUGGGGCGGCCCCCAGGGAGGCGCCUGCGGGCUUUGCCGCGCGGCUGCGGCGGCGCGGCAUCCCCGUGGCGCGACCGCCGCCCAGGGAGGCCCUGCCGCAACGGCCGCCGCGGCCGCUGGCCUUGGAGCGCAGGCUGGACCGCUGGGGGCGGUGGUGGAUCGAGCCGCUGCUCGACGCCGACGGUGCGGCCAGCGAUUGGCUCGACCACUGCGUCCCGUACGCAGAGGCGGUCCUCGCCCAGCCCAGGUGGCGGCGCUUCCUCAGGGUGCUGGACAGCACGGCCCAGCAGCUGGCGGAGGCGUGGUGCCGCCGCGCAUGGCGCCGCGGAGCGAGGCUGCGCGGUGCCUACACCAGGGAUCGCUCGGGCCUCACGCUGAGCCAGCGGUGCGUCACUGACAGCACGCGGAGGUACGAGGUGUACUGCCUCCGCAGCUGGCUGGCGGCGCCUGCGGGCCUGCCGCCCGCGUUGGGCUGGGCUCGGGCGGUGCGCCGCAGGCCGCGGCCUGGGGCGGCGGCGCCUUGCGAGGGCCAGGGCCGCCUCAGCGUUCAGGCGGCGCCGCAGGGGCACAGCGGCGGCGAGGGCAGCGACACGGGCGAGGGCGUU